CCCGAUGGACAUGGAGGCUGAAGCAAACCAUUAUCCUUGCAAGUGUCACGAAACGGACAGCAAGGGCUGCUCCUCCUCAUCCAGAAGAUUGUCCAGCAACUCUCUCUUUCAGCUCUGAGGUGAUAGUAGCAUGCAUCCUCUUCUUCUUCUUGGACCAACCCCAUUGUGUCUGUACCCUUCCAUGUCCGUAGGGAGACUCAGACGUUGUUCUUGUUGUUCUGUUCCUCCUUACACAUCGAUGCUCGGCGGGACAAGAGGGGCAACACCAGGUACUGCAGCUCUUCUCAUAAAUCGAGUUUCCAGUAACGUUGCUGAUGCUCCGCAAUCCAAGCUCCCCUCUUCUACUCGAUUGCCUUUCACUCCCAGCCAUCUCAAAUCUCUAGGGUUCGAGCCCUCCCCUCCUCACUUGGCCCUCCUCUCUCUCUUGUUUCUUCUUUCUAUGGCUAUUGGAGCAAUUUUCUCUUUGGCUGCCAUUUGCCUUCCAACCAUAGCUGCUUUCAGAAGAUUGGGAGCUUCUGUCAACAAAUUGUCCCAAGUCGUCUCUGAAGAGGUGCCAGGAACCUUGUCUUCUCUCAAGCUCUCUGCCCGUGAGAUUAAUGAACUCGCUCGACAACUUGCCAAGCUCAGUUAACAGGAUUUUACAUUUUUGAAGGCAAAAGAUCUCCGCAACUGAUCAGAUUGAAAAUUGGAAACAAAGCCAAAAUCAAUAAAUAUCAUGGGCUAGCCCACUUCUUUUGGAAGCGGCUGCAACUGGCCUUGUGCAGAAUCCGUUGGAUUACUUUGUCUUGUAUUUAUAUGUAUUACUUGGAUCUAACUUGUAAAUCGAACAUAUAGAACGUCAUAAAUACAAAAUAUAUGGGAAAAACUGUUGUUUUCUCUGUAGCGCCACAAAACGUGAUAAAUUAUGUAUGUCCAGCACCCAUUAUUUCAUAAUUAAGAUUCUAGCUCUCAUUCCUCUUCAGUUA